GCGUCCCCCCCUCGCUGCAGGUUCAAGAUCUCCAAGAUCAUCGUGGUGGGUGAUCUGUCGGUGGGGAAGACCUGCCUGAUCAACCGCUUUUGCAAGGACACAUUCGACAAGAACUACAAGGCGACCAUCGGGGUGGAUUUCGAGAUGGAGCGGUUUGAGGUGCUGGGGGUGCCCUUCAGCCUUCAGCUGUGGGACACGGCCGGCCAGGAGCGCUUCAAGUGCAUCGCCUCUACUUACUACCGGGGAGCACAAGCCAUUGUGAUCGUCUUUGAUGUCAACGAUGUGGCGUCCCUGGAGCACACACGGCAGUGGUUGGCUGACGCUCUGAAGGAAAAUGACCCCUCCAACGUGAUCCUCUUCUUGGUGGGCUCCAAGAAGGAUCUGAGUACACCGGCGCAGUACAGCCUGAUGGAGAAGGACGCUCUCAAGGUGGCCCAGGAGAUGCAGGCGGAGUACUGGGCUGUCUCCUCACUCACUGCUCCGUACCUGGGUGCUGGUGGCGAAGCUGAGCCGAAUGGGACCGUCACAGACAGCGACAGCUGA